AUGGAAGUGGAAAAGAGCAGAAGGAGCUGCUUCACCCAGACCUCCUGUUUGGGUGAAGAUUUAGGUGAAGACUCGCAGCUGGAGUAUCUCAGUGCUCACGAGGAGUAUGAGGAGGAUAAGAACAACUCCUGUGAGUUUUCUGAGCAGGGGGAGGAUGCAGAGGUGAAGGGUGUGCCACUGAUGGGUGACAAGGUGCCACCCCAGAUCACAGCAGGGGAGGAAGAGCCUGGAAAGAACGAAAGACCCACCCAGAGCGUCGCAGUGAAGCCAGACAUUCCUUUCCUGCCCCCCAGAGAAAAUGCCCAGCUCUGCAGACACGCAGAGCCCUCCUAUUUCAGCAGCUGUGAAAAACCUGCGGUGUGCACACGUGGUGCCAGCGGUGCUGACAGCGCUGCAGAGGGUGCUGAAACCCAAUUUCCAGCCCCUGAAAUCCUCCCUAACAAGAAUCCCGUUGCUGCCAUGGAAGCUGCAGAUAAAUCCUCUAGUGGGAGCCCCGGUGCUGGGAGGUCGGAGCGCGGUGAAGCCCCGAGGAACAUUGCCGGUGUCUCUGCAGCUGUGCAGGCUGUGGGUGAUUCCAGAGCUGGCUUCCCGACGAGAAGCAGCAGUGUCCCGGUGUGUCUGUGCUCCAGGGCAGUGAACACGGAGGUAACCAUGAUGAGCAAGACUCGACCCGUGGCGUGGCUGGCUCAAACCUCCGUGGAUACUGCUUCCAACACAGAAUGGUCCUUCAGAGCUCAGGGCUCACACGUGCAGCAGGAAUCAUAUGAUCAUCUGUGUAUCUGUGACUGGAAGGCAAGCACCAACAGGCCAGAACAUCCCAACAAGCAGACUGGGAAGAACUCUGCGUCAGGCUGCUGUCAGAAUGUCCUGCAGAGAGCAGCUGAAGCAGAGCUGCAGCUCCUGGCCAUCCACUAUGAGAUGUGCUACCAGCACUGCUUGAAGGUUUAUGAGCUGGCUUUGGAGGAAAACACCUGUUUUGGGAGAUGUGAGGCGAAGACUGAGUUAUAUUCAUCUCUCUUGUUGGUUUUGGAUGAGCUGGACAAUAACUACAGAAAAAUGAGAAUGGAGAUAAACAUGGGCAUACCUUUAAAUGAACUUCCACCACUGUCAGUUGAGCUGAAGUUUCCCCCAGUCUCUUCCUUUUACAUCCCCUCCAAGUUUUUCAGAAAGAGCCUUUACUCUGAUGAUCUUUCAGGUGAAGGGAAAGCUGACUUGGAAGAAACAAAAGGGCAAGAAAAGGGGAUUUCUGCCAAUGUGGAGAAGUCACAGGCUGAUGGUCAUCACCCAGGUGAUAUUGCUUCCCCUGAGACAUGGCAAGAACAACCUAAAGAUCAGGCUCUGGAACAUGGCUGUGUAAAAAAUGAGGAAGGGAGUGAGUAUUGGUUUGAUGCUAAGGAAGACUUGUCAGUGGCAGAUUUUUCAGUACUGUGCAGAGAAACGAGAAAGCAACAAGGAAAGGAAGACUCCACUGGCUCAGGAGAAAUGAAGACAGUGGGGAGUAGGAAUCAACAUUCUUCUGUUCAUGGUGAUGGCCCAAAACCCUCAGUGCCUGAGGAUCCUGGGGAGAAUUCCCUGCUGAAAACAUCCACUUGUUCCUCUGUUAACCCAUCUGGUAUCUUUGUUUCUCCUUACGCACUGAACUUGAGCAGCUUUACCAAGUUAGUAAAGAGACUUCAAGAAAGGCAUCCAGAGUUUAGCAAAGAUGAAAUUGUGGAGGCUGUGCAGGAGGUGAGGAAAAUCAACAAAGGUGUCCUGAGUGGCAUGGCCAUCAGUUCUAUUGAGGAAAAGACGUCUGCCAUCCUGAGGAGAUCGAUGUGCUGUUCUCAGCAGGAGAAGCACUGAAAAUGGUGAAUAUUCCAGCCCACAGGGGAAUAAACCCACGUGAAUUUGUGUAGCUCUACAGCCUGACUAGAUUAACUUAGCCUAAAGCCCUGCAGAGGAGGUCCGUGAGCAGUGGUUUGUAAGGACUGGGAGCUGUAAAACAGGUCGCACUGUAUAAAACUCGAUGUGCCGGUGGUUUAAUUAGUGACCUGCUUGGCUGAUGAGCUUUGUGGAGGGCACUGCCACACGUUUGGUACAAAGCUGACACCUAACGGCCAGGCCUUGUGUAGCCUCACACAGAAAUCCCAGCGCUGGCUCCCUUCUGGGCCACUACACGGAUGGUUUCUGUCUGGGGGCUGGAAACCUGACAGAACCAGAUUGUGUCUCGUGGUUUUCUCACACCGAUCCCUUUGCACAAUCGUAUGGCACUGCAGGAAGCUGCAGCAAGCUGAACCUGCUAAAACCACAGCCCAGAAUUCCAGAGAUGUGUCUGUCUGUGCUUGUUUUGGUCUCCUGCUCAGCUUGGUGCUCUGCUUGCUUCAGGUACCUCCCAGCAGUGCCACUACCAGGUUUCCUGCAAAAAGGAAAAAUCUUCAUAAUUAUCCCCUGUCUGACUUUCACAGGACUGCUGAUAGGGACAGAAGCUCAUCCCCAAAAAAUUAAAAUCUUAUGUUUGGAAGCAUUUUCAGUCACUAAGGUUUUAACAGCCUUGAAAUGUGUUGUGCCUUCUUGUGGAGUAAUUAUUUGGUUUUCCAGUGGUGCAUGGGCUCUGCAGUCCUAAUAGUUCCUAUUGCAGUAUUUUUAUCCUGUUGUUUUGUGUGGGAGAUGAUGACUUAUACUAACUUUUAUUUUCAUCAUGAGGGAGGUGUGAAAUGGCCACGUCAUUAGUAAAUGAUGGGGAGAAAAAGAAUCCCCAUUUUCCAAGUAUGUAAUCCAUGUAAGAGAGGGUGAUUGUGCUCAGAGCUCACCUAUACUUAGUCUCUUUGUUGUACUCUGUUCUAGAUCCUG